AUGGCCUUCGCUCGCAGCUCGCGACUGGCUCUUUCCAGCACAAACUCCGCCUUGACAUCAUACUUGACCCGAGCCAGUUACCGACGCUUCUCAUCUGCAUCUCCAGCUUCAUAUGAAUAUAUUCUCACAGAAACACCCAAGCCGGGCGUUGGACUUAUCACCCUGAACCGACCCAAAGCUCUCAAUGCGCUAUCAAGCCCUCUCUUCCAAGAACUAAACGAUGCAUUGAGCGAAUAUGACCAAGACAAAGACAUUGGCGCCAUCGUCAUAACCGGUAGUGAAAAGGCAUUUGCUGCGGGCGCCGAUAUCAAAGAAAUGGCGCCCUUAACAUUCUCUGCUGCUUAUUCCAACAAUUUCAUCGCUCCAUGGUCUCAUCUCGCCAACUCUAUCCGCAAACCCGUCAUUGCAGCUGUUAGCGGCUAUGCGCUCGGCGGUGGCUGCGAACUCGCGCUCAUGUGCGACGUUAUUUACUGCACAUCCAACGCGACCUUCGGUCAACCUGAGAUCAAACUUGGCGUCGUCCCCGGUGCUGGCGGCUCUCAGCGUUUGACCCGUGCAAUUGGUAAGAGCAGAGCGAUGGAACUCAUUCUAACUGGCAAGAACUUCAGCGGUAAAGAGGCUGGUGAAUGGGGUGUUGCGGCCCGUGUUAUUGAUGGUGGUAAAGAGGAGCUUUUGGCCGAGACAUUGAAGACUGCGGAGACGAUUGCGGAAUACAGUCGUGUUGCGGUUGUUGCGGCCAAGGAGGUUGUGAAUAAGAGUCAGGAGCUAUCGUUGAGGGAGGGAGUGGAGUAUGAGAGGCGAUUGUUCCAUGGAUUGUUUGGCAGCAAGGACCAGAAGAUUGGAAUGACUGCGUUUGCAGAGAAGAAGAAGGCUGAGUGGUCACACGAAUAG